UGUAGCAAAAAUCUUUCUAGUCCAUCAAUAUUGAAUGAUCUCAAUGACAUUAGAGAGAUACAUGGCUCACUGGAUAUUAGUGGCUUCAAUAAAAAGACUUUUCCAUACUUAUCUAACUUGAAAACUGUUGGUAAUGAUUCCACUCAAGUUUUAUCACAGUCAUGCAAUGGAUCAAGUGACUCAUUUAAAUUUUCUGUUAUAAUAGCUGAUACUAGUUUGGUCAGCAUUGAUCUUUCAUCCCUUGAAUCAGUCAUCAAUGGUGGUAUACGAUUAGAGAAUAAUCCUUCUUUAUGUUACCUUGGGAAUUUGAGCUACUACCUGGCCAAUGCAUCAUCAUCAUCUUGUGUGUUGGAUAAUCACAGAAGAAGUAUACAUGAUUGUGUUCAAACAAACAUGACAUGUCAUCCUCAAUGUUCAUCUGCUUUUGGUUGGUGCUGGGGACCUAAUAAUACUCAAUGUGUGACUUGUACAAACUUCAUUUUUAACGGACAGUGUGUGCCAGAUUGUCAUGACUUUAAUGCACAUGGAAUUCACUUAUUUAAUCAUAAUGCUAACAAUACGUGCUUACCUUGUCACUCAUUUUGUAAUGGUUCCUGUGUUGGAGAGGUAUAUAUAGAUUGUUUAUUCAGUAUAUCUAGUAUGAAUGUACAUGGUCCUGCCAAUUGUAGUAGUUGCAAUACCAAUUUCUUUGUGAAUGUAAGUAUUGGAGUAGGUAAACUGUGUCUGGAGUCAUGUGUGGGUGACACUUACUUACCUGAUGAUCACACUAGUGGUGAAUGCCUCCCUUGUUUUAAUGGUUGUAGUCUUGGCUAUGGCUGUGCUGGCCCUGGAAAGACAUUCAAUGACAGUAAUGGCUGUAUGUCAUGUGAUACCAUUGUACUUGAUAAAAAUGGAGAUCAAAUUGAGUGUCAGAGGAAUGUAACCUGUCCUUCUGGCUAUCAUCGUGAACAGUUGUCAGAGGACCGUGGUAUUUUUCUUACUGGUACUGUUUUGUGUCAUUCCUGUCAUGAGCUUUGUGCAACAUGCAGUGGGCCUUCAGUUAGUGAUUGUGUUCUAUGCUCAUAUAUCAGAGGCACUAAUGGCUCGUGUGUUUAUCAAUGUGACCCAAUGAGAGAGAUUUUUGAAUCAGUACAGUGUGUUCCAGCUACAGUAGAUUCUACUACUAGCUCUAGUGUAUCAAUUGAAGCUGUGAUUGGGUCAAUACUUGGACGGCUGAUAUUAAUCACUCUAACAGUUUUGGUCAUUCUAAUCUUGAUACUAUUUUCAUUUAUGAAAAAUAGGAAGUCUAAUAAUAGUGCUGAGCUAGAAAUAUUACCUCCUGGUGCAACAAAAUUGACAGUAAUACCAGAAACUGAAUUAGAGUUUAAGAAGGAGCUAGGUUCUGGAACAUUUGGUACAGUAUAUGAGGGUUACUGGAAACCAGACAAUGAUGAAGCUGAGUAUCAUGUUGCCAUUAAAAUUCUUAAAAGUACAUCAGCUGAUGCUAGUAAAGAACUAUUACAAGGUAUGGCUUACCUUGAAUCUAAAAGUCUUGUACAUAGAGAUUUAGCUGCUCGUAAUAUCCUUGUUCAGAGCCAUCUUAAAGUUCUCAUUACUGAUUUUGGACUAACACGAUUCAUUAAACCUGAUGAGUCUCAUUAUGAAGCAUCUGGAUCCAAACUGCCUGUUCGCUGGCUACCACCUGAAAGCAUACAGCAAAGAAUAUUCACUCACAAAACUGAUGUUUGGAGCUUUGGUGUAACAGUAUGGGAGAUACUAACAUUUGGAGAAUCUCCUUUCAAAGGUAAAAGUGUAUUUGAGCUGCUUAAACUGCUGGAGAAAGGUGACAGAUUGAAACAGCCUAAAACGUGUACACUAGAAUUUUACAAAACAUUGCAGAACUGUUGGGAACUAGAACCUGAGAAACGACCAUCUUUUGAAGACCUCGUUUAUCAGUUUAAUACCAUGAUGAUAUCUCCCAAAAAAUAUGUAAAAAUUAAAAAAACUAGAACUUUGAGGGGAGCUGUGUAUAGUAGAUCUAGUCAUGAUGGCAACAAUCAAGAGAGGAAUUUUCAUAAAGGUAGAAUUGAAGAGACUAGUGGCUACGUUGAUGUUGAUUGCUUACAUGAAGAUUCCAAUAAUAAAGAUGGUUACGUUGAUUGCUUACAUGAAGAUUCUAAUGAUAAGGACGGUUACGUUGAUUGCUUACAGGAAGAUUCCAAUGAUGGUUACAUUGAUUGCUUCAAUGAAGAUUCCAAUGAUAAGGAUGGUUACAUUGAUUGCUUACAUGAAGAUUCUAAUGAUAAAGAUGGUUAUGUUGAUUGCUUACAUGAAGAUUCUAAUGAUAAGGAUGGUUACGUUGAUUGCUUACAGGAGGAUUCCAAUGAUGGUUACUUUGAUUGCUUUAAUGAAGGCCCCAAUGGUGCAGUAGUAAUGAAGGUGCUGGCUACUUCAAUUGCUUGA